AUGACUGACACUUCUCAAGCCUCGGAUGAGGGCUUUGCCGAAGCCCUUCUCAGGUAUCCAAAGGACAUGAUAAAGUGCAUGGCGGCUUUCCAGCUUACCCCAUCCUGGUUAUCACCGUACAUGCACGCUAUCCUUACCAACCGAGGGGAGGCAAUGCACAAGAUUCAAAACCGCCUUCGCGACAUCAUGGGCAUGGGAAGAAAAGCCUGGAACGAGACUCCCGAGAUCAAAAAGCUCACCAUUGCGCACAAUAUGACCGAGAUGACUGACGGAAGUGACUACUGGGACCCAGAACUUCUAUCCCAGUCUCUGCUCGGAAUCUGGUUUGCCGCCGCACAUCAGCCAUGGAUGUUCCUCGACUUCAUACUGCUCGAGCUCUCCACUCGCUUGGACUGGCAGCAUGCUCUUCAGAAGGAGCUAGACACGCUUGCUCCGUCAAACUACAAUGAGCUAGAGAAGCUUCCAUUGCUCGACAGCUUCAUUAAAGAGACCAUUCGACUGAAUCCUUUGGACAAGUUCGCGAUUCGUCGCAAAGCUCUGGAGCCGUACACUUUCCAAGGCGGUUCACCAUCUGUACCUCUCGGCGGAACAGCCUGCGUUUCUGCUCACGAUCUGAUGCACGACCCGCAGACUUAUCCAAGCCCCGAUACCUUCCAGGGAGCGCGAUUUGUGCCGACUGAAGCAGGUGCACCGCAAAGCAAGUUUACAGACGUAUCUGAGAAGUUCCCGGUGUGGGGUUAUGGGUCUCUUGCGUGGUAA